AUGCGUUCGAAAUUUGUAAACUACAUUGAUAUAAAAGCGCCGCUCACCUGUAUGCUCUUGGUAUUGGGAGUGUACCCGAAUGUCUCCAGUAAAAGCCUCCUUGUGCGACAAACGUUCACCUCCUACAGACUCUUCAUAGCUGCACUACUUGUGACCUUCGCCUUGUUGGUCGCAAAUUCAGAUCUGCUGAAAGUCAAUUUCCCACAAAACGCACUCACGCGCUCAGGGUUCUGGAUACAAUACUGCAGCAGACUUAUACUGGCCGCGUACAUUCUUGUUUUGCUUGUGCGAAAAAGGGAACUCAUCGCUGAAGUACACGACGAGUUGGCCAACAUUCAGAAAAACUGGCCUCCUAGGAUCCAUCCGGGUCAUACAAUCUUGGCGAAACUUGUUCUGGCUGCAUCGUUGUUUGUGGCUUUACUAACAACACCAAUUAUGAUUGUAUUGGACGCCUACAGUGACCCCAAGAACAAUAUAUGCGUACUCUGGUGUGCUCACCUGCCGGGGUUGAUUAUCCACUGCUAUGUCACAUACAUGAGCUUCAUGAAAUUCCAGGGCGCACAGUUAUUCGACGACCUCAAUCAUUAUUUCAAUCUCAUCCGUGAGCGAUUGGCGAUCAAGAUGCAGCAGUCGGUCAAUGAGAGUUGGAAUCACCGGCAAGAUUGCAUUUGUGAGCUGCACAAGAUGUUCAAGAUGCACUUUCGGCUUACGAAAGUGAUCAAAAAGUUGCACUCCAUCUACAGUAAUGAGUAUCUGCUCCUAGUGAAUCUUACCAUGCACGGUAUUAUCUUGUUGACUUACAUAAUCAUCUUGGAUUUGUUGAGAUUUCGUGGACAGCUGGGCCUUUACCCCAGAGAGCAUUAUUUUACAGAGUACUGGAUUCUUGUUGAAAUACUAGAUAUUGGAUUUAUAAUUAUCUCAGCACAUGAAUUAAAUGUGAACGGAGGUCGGGAAUGUCCCUUGAUGCAUUUCAUUACAAAGAUUUACAAAAACGUCGAUGAUUGUAUUUCGUUAUAUUCUUUUCAAUUGUUGGUCUCGAAGGUGUCCACGAGUGCUGCGGGAAUUUUAAAUAUUGAAUACUCGACAUUAUUUCUGAUAUUGGGUACAGCGUUAAAAUAUGUGUUUAUUAUUUUGCAAUUUGACGCUAGCACCAAUGGACGAAAAUGCAUGUAAUUUAAUUUCAUGAAUGCCUUGUUUUCACUCAAAUUCAUAUCAUACUGUUAAUAUAUAUGUAUUUCCAUGUAAUGCAAUAUAUAUUUCUAUACUAUUUGAAAUUUAAA